AUGGAUACAUCUUCAUCAACACGAAAAGUAUCAUCAUCAGGUAUAAUAACAAAUACAAUUAAACCAACAACAAUAUCUAAUGCACCACGAAGUAUAAUUGUAAGAAAAUCAAGUAAUGGUUUUGGUUUUAAUGUACGUGGUCAAGUAUUUGAAGGUGGUCAAGUUAAAGCUAUACAUGGAACACUUUAUGGUCCACUUCAACAUGUAUCAGCUGUAUCAAGUCGAGGAUCAGCUGAAAAAGCAGGUCUUUGUGUUGGAGAUAAAAUACUUGAAGUAAAUGGUAUUGAUGUCGAAGGUGCAUCACAUAAACAAGUUGUGGAUUUAAUUAAACAUAGUGGUGAUGAACUUCAUCUUGUUGUUAUUGCAUCGGCUGGUGAUGAAACACAUAGUGAUGUACAUUCAGGUGAAGAAUCAAGUGGAAGUUCAAAUGAUUAUACAGAAAGACGUUCACUUGCUAUUACAAUACCAGAUUAUAGUUUAUUAGAAGUGAAUGAUGAAAAAUUUUAUGUAUUUAAUAUUCACAUAGCUGGUCGUCAUUUAUGUUCACGACGUUAUCGAGAAUUUGCUUCAUUACAUCAUCAAUUAAAACAAGAAUUUCCAGAUUUUCCAUUUAGUCCUUUACCUAAAAAAUGGCCAUUUAAAUUAUCUGAUCAACAAUUAGAUGCUCGUCGACGUGGUCUUGAACAAUAUCUUGAUAAAAUUUGUUCAGUUCGUGUUGUUGGUGAUUGUGAUCUUGUACAAGAAUUUUUAUCAGCUGAUAUAUAUGAACGUGAUUCAGUUUCAAUUGAUGUUGAAAUUAAAAUUAUGUUACCUGAUCGAUCAGUUACAAUUCUUAAAAUAAAACGUUUUUCUACUACUGAUAAAGUUUAUGAAGCUGUUGUAGCAAAAAUUAAUUUACCAGAACAAUGUGUUUCAUUUUUUUAUCUUUUUGAAAUUCUUGAUUAUACAUUUGAACGAAAACUUCGUCCAAAUGAAUAUCCACAUCAAAUUUAUGUACAAAAUUGUUGUACAGCUAAUACAACAUGUUUAUGUUUACGUAAAUUUGUUUUUUCACCAACAAUUGAAAAUCAACUUUUUAAAUAUCCAUUAGCACGUGAUUAUCUCUAUCGAGAAGCAAUUGAUCAAUUAAGUCGUGCAGAAAAUUCUACUGUUGAUCAACGUUCAGCAUUAAAAACUUUUGAUGAAAUUGAAUAUAUAAAAUAUGCUCAAACAUUUACCGAUAUAUAUAAUACAAUAACAUUUCCUUUAUGUCCAUGUAGUUCACGUAAAGAUAAUGGUUGUGUUAUAUUAUCAUUAAAUAGUACACGUCUUCGUUUACAUGCUUGUACUGAUGAUGGACAAUUAGAAACAAAUCAAAUAGCUGAUUUUGAAUGGACAAUAAUUGGACGUUAUUGUGUUGAUGAACAAUAUUUUAUAUUUGAAUAUAAACGUUCAACAAUGAAAACUGCUAAACCAGUUAAAUUACAAACACCAUUUGGACAAUUUAUGUAUGAUUGUUUUGAAUGUAUUCUUAAUGAAUUACAAUUAACAACUAAUAAUAAUGCCAAACAAGAUGAACCAAAUGUUUAA